AUUUUCAUUUAAUUAAUUUAUUAGUUUAUUAGAUCUCUAGCUUAUCAUUACAACAAUAAUAGCAGACAUUUAAAAAAAAUUAUCACAAAAUGUUAUCACAAGUUUUCCUUUAUAUUGUAUUAAUUAAUACAAUUUUUGUCGAAUAUAUUGAGUCUAUAGAGACAAAAAUUCAAGGACAUUGUAGGAAAUUUGAAAAUUUAGCUAUAACACCGAUGCAGUACAUUGACUGUACAUUUUUGAAUUUGUUUGAAUGUAAGAGUGAUCCGGACAGUAGUGUAGACAUUGUCGAGAUAUUGAUGCCGGAAAUGCUCAACAAUAGUAUGACCUGUAAUGGUAUUAUAACCGACAACCAUAAGGACAAUCCGUUUGAUUUGGUGUUAAGUAAUGGCGAAAUACAUAAAGUUGUUUAUAGCGAAUAUAAUCUGAUUGUAACUAUAAUUGACGGCGAUAACUACUAUCGUGAAGUUGGACUGUUCAAUGAUGGUCCCUGUGCUGGAUCUAAAGUCCAGGGCUGGUCUAUAUAUUUGGCACCCGAAGGCCAAUGUAUUACCAAACCGAUGACCAGUUCGAAGCCAUUGUUCGAGCACUUGAAGAUUACCGGCAACUGUAAGGCCACCUGUAGUGGACACUCAAUGUUUUCCUAUAAACCUGGAAUUGUACCCUAAUUUUGCUAAAAAAAUAAUUGAAAAUUAAUAACUAUAAUAAAAAUUUUUUAGUAAAUAUUUUUGUUUGUAAUGU